GCCUUUGGAAGCUGUCAAACAGCCAUUGUUUACAUUUUGGUUGGCAAAUUCUCUCGGAAAGCGGCAGAUCGUGUUGUUUCAAUCGAUCUGUGUGGAAAAAAAUCGCUAAAAAAGCUGAAAAGCUAUGGUUGAACCGACGGAACAUUUACUAGCACUCAAAGUGAUGCGCCUCACACGGCCCACUUUGAUCAGCCCCCAAAUAUUGACGGCCGAACCGAAAGAUGUGCCGCAGUAUUCGUUCCAAAAGAUUCUACACAACGAUGCGACAUCGGUUGCCGGAUGUGAGACGAUUGCUGCCGGACAGUUUAUGCUGUUACCGCAAAGCUUCGGUAGCAUCUACCUGGGCGAAACGUUCUCCAGCUAUGUGUGCGUUCACAACUGUCGGGCUCAUCCCGUGUCGAACGUGUCGGUAAAGGCGGAUCUUCAGUCGAACAAUAGCCGCGUAAGUCUUCCGAUUCAUGCCGACAAGACGGGCCCGGUAACGUUGAAUCCGGAGGAAACGCUGGACGACGUCAUCCAUCACGAGGUGAAAGAGAUUGGAACGCACAUAUUGGUCUGCGAGGUUUCGUACAUGACACCGGCCGGAUUGGAAACAUCGUUCCGGAAGUUUUUCAAAUUCCAGGUCGUCAAACCGCUGGACGUGAAGACAAAGUUCUACAACGCCGAAACGGACGAUGUGUAUCUGGAGGCACAGAUACAGAACAUCACCGUCGGGCCGAUCUGUCUCGAGAAGGUUGAGCUGGAAAGUUCGGAACAGUAUACGGUCAUUUCGCUAAACACGCUACCGACGGGCGAAUCGGUGUUUUCGUCCAAAACGAUGCUUCAACCACAGAACAGCUGCCAGUUUCUGUACUGCAUUCGACCGAUACCGGAAAUUGCACGCGAUCCGAGCGCGUUGAAGGCGGCCAACAAUAUCGGCAAGCUGGACAUUGUGUGGCGUUCCAAUUUGGGCGAACGAGGACGCCUGCAGACCAGCCAGCUACAGCGCUGUGCACUGGAAUACAGCGAUCUUCGGUUGAACGUGAUCGAAGCAAACAGCACCGUACGUAUUGGGGAAGGAUUCAACUUUCGGUGCCGGGUAACAAACACUAGCGAACGAUCGAUGGAUCUGCUGAUGAGCCUCAACACGAAAGCUAAGCCGGGCUGCGGUUACACCGGUGUGACAGAAUUUGCACUCGGCCCGAUCGAACCGGGCCAAAUGAAAGAGUUCCCACUGACCGUUUGUCCGGUACGGUUGGGGUUGAUUGUGAUUUCCGCGCUACAGCUGACAGACGUGUUUACGAAGCGCAAGUACGAGUUUGACAACUUUCUGCAGGUGUUUGUAGUGGACGAAGAUUAUCGGGAGGAUAGCUUCCAGCUGGAUAAGUACGUACGGUACAGUAGCAGCACCGCCAGUACCAACAACAUUCCACAAACGGUCUAGAAGCUCUGUAACGACAACGACAAACUAACCGCUAAGCGAGAUGCAAUAUAAUACACCUACAUACUAUUUACGAUCGACACUAAUUA